AUGCUGGACCCACAGGGUGAACAGAGUGACUUCGAUCACGCCUCAACAAGAGCACCGUCCACGGCCCCAGAUUUUGAUGAGAAGAAACGCGAUACGGGUGGAGAAACCGACGAGGAAAGGGGCGAUGAGGUCGAAGACGCGCCUCAGGAGGAACGGGCAGCGGAUCCUAUGGAUUAUCCCACCGGAGUGCGGCUUACCUUUAUCAUUGUCGCGCUAGUUCUUUCGAUCUUCCUAGUUUCCCUAGAUAUGACAAUCGUCGCAACCGCAAUUCCCAGGAUCACAGAUGAGUUUGGUGGUCUCGAUGAUGUCGCUUGGUACGGUUCAGCUUUCUUUAUGACGCUUGGCGGCUUUCAGUCUGCAUGGGGCAAGGCAUACAAGUACUUCCCCUUGAAGAUUACCUUCCUGCUGUCAAUCUUCGUAUUUGAACUCGGUUCUCUCAUCUGCGGUGUUGCACCUAAUUCCACGGCUCUCAUUGUCGGUCGGGCCAUCGCCGGUCUUGGUGCUGCGGGUAUCGGCUCCGGAGCAUACACUAUCAUUGCCUUCGCCGCUGAGCCGAAGAAGAGGCCUAUGUUCACUGGCAUUAUUGGUGCCUCGUACGGUAUUGCGUCCGUGGUUGGCCCCUUGAUUGGAGGAGCUUUUGCCGAUAAGGUCUCAUGGAGGUGGUGCUUCUAUAUCAACCUUCCGAUUGGAGGCGUGUCUGGAGCCAUCAUUCUGUUCUUUUUCACAACACCGAGUGCUGCGAAGCCUGUCCAGGCCACUAUUAGGGAGAAGCUCCUCCAGAUGGACCCUGUUGGCGUUGUUCUCGUGAUGGGAGCUGUCAUCAGCUAUAUCCUGGCCCUCCAAUAUGGAGGCCAGAAAUAUGCUUGGAACUCUUCAGAGGUGAUUGGCCUCCUAGUCGGGUUCGUCGUGAUCUCGAUCGCUUUCGUCGGGUGGGAACUAUACCAGGGCGAACGUGCUAUGAUGCCCAAGCGCCUAAUCGGGCAGAGGGUUUAUCUCGUCGCGUCGCUAUUUGCAUUCUUCUUCGCCGGUGCUUACUUCCUGAUCAUCUACUAUCUCCCGAUCUACUUCCAGAGUAUCGACAAUGUGAGCCCAACUCAGUCUGGCGUCCGCAAUCUGCCCCUUAUUUUGGCUGUUACGGUUGCCACGAUCGUGUCCGGUGGCACCAUUUCUGCUACUGGCCAUGCCGCCCCGAUUAAGAUUGGAGGAGCUGCUAUUGCCACUAUCGCGGCUGGUCUACUCUACACUCUUGAUAUUGGUACCAGCAGUGGCAAGUGGAUUGGAUAUCAGAUCAUUGGUGGUAUUGGUUGGGGUCUAGCAUUCCAGGUGCCUAUUAUUACCGGUCAAGCCACUUCGCCAACCAAGGAUUUGGCUGAGGUGACUGCCAUCAUUCUCUUCUUUCAAACGGUGGGUGGCGCCUUCCUGGUGUCUGCGGCCCAAUCAUCCUUCGUCAACGUCCUCACGAAAGUGCUUCCGCACUCAGCCCCCAACGUCAACCCGAUGCAGGUUGUCUUGACUGGCGCUACAGAGCUGCGUGAUGUGUUUACGCCAGAAGAGAUUCCAGGCAUUCUUGUCGCAUACAUGCGCGGUCUGAAGAUUUCUUUCGCUCUCUCGCUUGCAGCAACAGGCCUGGCCUUCGUCAUCAGCUUGGCAACCAAGUUGAAGAGACUCAAUACCGAUGCGAUCAAGGGUGGCGGUGCUGCUUAG